AUGCGUUUCCCACAAAAAAACUCCUCUCUUGUUAUCUUUCUCGCUGCACUGAGUGUGCCGAUGUCCUUUGCGAAAGAUGUUCCGAAACAGGAGAUACUAGGUAUGGACCAGGAUAUGGAGAUUGACCUCCAAAGCAAACCAACACUUGCUCGAUUUCCUAUUGAAGACCUGAGUCCCACGGAAUGGCAAGCCGAACAUGAGCGCGUGCGUGCUGAGCUUGGUGACGAGGCUUACCUCGCUCUUCGUCAAUCUGAAAUAGACAAGAAGUCAGAAAGUGUUCUCAGAAUGAUUGUGGCUGGUCAGUUGAAAUUUCCUCCAAUCAAGGGCAGUCAUCAGCCCGACCGCAUCGGUCUAGGAGAUGGACGAGAGUUCCGUAUCGGCGUGGCACAGGGUGUGCCCGAGGAUAUCACUGACGCCAUGUACGCCUCAUUCGGUGACGGCGUCGAUGUCGAAAUUCCCGAGGAAUGGCUGGAAUACGAAGUGUCUGCGGAGGAGUUGGAGAGGGAAGAAAGGCAGGCAAACGAGGAAAGAGAGCAGAGAGAACAGGCUCGGAAGCUUGACAUCUUGGAAGGCAGACUAUCUGUCAGAGACUACGGAAUGGAUUGUUUGUCACCAGCAAAAGGGGCAUCCGAUUUGGACAAGCGAAAAACCUGA